UUCGAUGCGGAAUUCCGCCGGUUUUCUUUCGAUAAAAAGCAAAUUACCUCCUUCGAUGAUUUUUUCGACUUGAUAAUGCGUAUGCAUAGACUACGAGAAAAUGAUUACAUUUUAGCCUACACCGAUCCUGUUCAUGGAGACUUUCUACCAAUCAAUAACAACGAAAAUUUCGCUAGAGCGGUUUCCACUGCAAAACCUCUGCUACGCCUAUGUGUGCAAAGAAAAGGGGAUCAGAUAAGAAUCUUUGACUCUCAUAAUAAAGGAAACAAGAAAUCUAAACUUAAUUCAUUACAGAUUAGUUUACCAUCAGAUUUUAGAAAAGUAUCUUCAAUUGUUGAUGCUGAUGUUCUUCCGGUAACGCAGCGCCGUGUUAAAUUGGUUAGAGGUAACAGUAGCAAACCGUUAGGAUUUUAUAUUCGUGACGGUAUUAGCAUCAGAGUAACUUCAAAUGGCAUCGAGAAAGUUCCUGGAAUAUUCAUAUCACGUCUUAUAUCUGGAGGACUGGCGGCUAGCACCGGACUACUUGCCGUUAAUGAUGAAGUGUUAGAAGUCAACGGUAUUGAGGUCGCUGGCAAAACACUAGAUCAAGUAACUGAUAUGAUGGUAGCCAACAGCCAAAACCUAAUUAUUACUGUAAGACCAGCAAACCAA